UGAGCUACAUAGAACAAACCUAUUCCGAAGAGUUGCUCACAAGGCCAUUUUGGGAUCUAAAAACAACAUUUUGUGGAUUUUCAGAGUCAACAAUGGGGAGAGAUCCUACUGUGGUUAUAUGGCUGAUGCUGACUUUGGGAGUAGUCACAGCUCAAAUAGAUAAGGUGGAGCGGGCACUGCCACAGUGGCUGACAGGCAUCAUAGCUGUGGCCGUGUUUCUCUUCCUCAUCUUCGUGGCGUUUCUGGUCAACAAGGCCUGGUGUCAGGACUCGAGGCCUGACACCAAAGAAUGUGAGUGUGGGAAGACCCCUGGGUAUGCCAACACCAAUGGAGACCACUAUGAUACCAGCCUGGACAUGUUCAGGAGCAGAGAUCACGAGGGUGCAUAUGAGAACAUGGACCUCGAAGGUAUUGAAGACAAAGUCACUGUCAUGUGACCAAUGAGAUCCAAUAGAAGCCACCAAUCUGUGGUUUGUCGUGGACGCGCACACACACACACACACAUAGUUUCAGAGACAUGCAAAAGCACUUUACCAAGAGCACUCCAAGCAAGUCACAAAAAGUUUCAAGAUCAGUAGAUAUCCAUUAAAGUGAAUCUUAGAGUGUAGAAUCUUGUCCAACAACUUUCUGAUUUGUUUAAAAAGCUACAGUACAUAUGGGCCUAAUGUGUGGUAGACCUCUUAAAACCCAUUCCUGCAGUCAAAUGACCAAAUCACCAUCUAGUGGCCUCAUGGAUGGAAUGUUAUUCAUAUUUUUCAUAAUUUCAUAAACCAUUUUUUUUUUAAUUUACAGAAGAAAAUCUGGUGUUUCUAUUUCAGAUAAUUUUGUUAUACUGUAUUUCAGUCUUCUGUGAUGUAUAUAAAGUGUAAUAUUGGGGUGCAAA